GGCUGGUUCGGGGGGGGGAGGGAGCGCGGCGUCUCCAGCGGGCAGAGCCAGGGGGAACCCCAGGCCGGCCGUGGAGCUAGCGCCCACCCGUUCUCGCCCCUUUGGGUGGCGGCGGCGGCGGCGGCAGCAAGAGCCUCCGCUUACGUGUAGCCCCAGGGCAAAACCCGGUCUCCAACGUGCCCCCAUGACUGCGGCCAAGGCCGAAAUGCAGCUCCUGCCUUCCCUGCAGAUGGCCGACCCCUUCGGCUCGUUCCCGCACUCGCCCCCUACCAUGGACACCAACUACCCCAAACUGGAGGAGAUCAUGCUCCUCGCCGGCGGGGGCCCGCAGUUCCUUAGCGCCGGCGGCGGCCCCGACCACGGCGCUGGUAGCGGCGGCUUCAAUCCCUCCGGCGAAGCUGAGGGGAUCCCCCCCGAGGGCACCAGUGAGGGGCUAGCCGUCCUUGGGGAGGGGAUUCUGCCCUCCAGAGUGGCGUCAGAGAUGCCCCGGGAGCACACUUCGGCAGACACUUUCCCCGAUAUCUCUCUGCAUGGCGAGAAACCCUUGGUGGAGACCAGCUACCCGAGCCAGACCACUCGCCUGCCGCCCAUCACCUACACGGGCCGCUUCUCCCUGGAGCCGGCGUCGAGCGCGGGCGGCAGCAACCCGCUGUGGCCGGAGCCCCUCUUCAGCCUGGUCAGCGGCCUGGUGGGCAUGGCCGCCCCCCCGACGACCACCACCUCCUCCUCCUCCGCCGGCUCUUCCCACUUGUCGUCCGCCUCGCCGCCCAUCUCGUCGUCCGCUUCGGUCAGCCCGGCCCUGAGCUGUUCGGUGCAAGCCAGUGACACCAGCCCCAUCUACUCGGCGGCGCCCACCUUCCCCAACGCCGGCGGCAGCUCCGCCGGCGACCUCUUCCCGGAACCGUCGGGCCAGCCCUUCCCCAGCCCGUCGGGGCCCUCGCUCCAGUUCCCACCUCCGGCUUACCCGACGGGCAAGAGCAACUUCCAGCUGCCCAUCAUCCCGGACUAUCUUUUCCCGCAGCAGCAGCAGCAGCAGCAGGCCUCCCCGGGCGAGAUCGGCCUGGGUUCGGCCGAGCAGAAGCCCUUCCCGAGCCCUCAGCCUUCGCUCACGCCGCUCUCCACCAUCAAAGCCUUCGCCACGCAGAGCAGCGGCGCCCAGCAGGAGCCCAAGAGCGUCCCGGGGGGCGGCGGCGGCGGCAGCGGCAGCGGGACCUACCAGGCGCAGCUGGUCAAGCCGAGCCGCAUGAGGAAGUACCCCAACCGGCCCAGCAAGACCCCGCCGCACGAGCGGCCCUACGCCUGCCCCGUCGAGUCCUGCGACCGGCGCUUCUCGCGCUCCGACGAGCUCACCCGGCACAUCCGCAUCCACACCGGGCAGAAGCCCUUCCAGUGCCGGAUCUGCAUGCGCAACUUCAGCCGGAGCGACCACCUCACCACCCACAUCCGCACCCACACCGGCGAGAAGCCCUUCGCCUGCGACAUCUGCGGCCGUAAGUUCGCGCGCAGCGACGAGAGGAAGCGCCACACGAAGAUCCACCUGCGGCAGAAGGACAAGAAGGCGGACAAGGGCCCCGCCGGCGCCCCGGCCCCCCAGGCUCCCGCCGCCUCCCCGCUGGCGCCCUACUCGGCCUCGCCGGGGACCACCUCCUACCCCUCGCCCGCCGCCUCCUCCUACCCCUCCCCGGGGCCGACUUCGUACUCUUCCCCCGUGACCUCAUACUCUUCGCCCGUGACGUCUUACGCCUCUCCGGUGACGUCACCCUACCCCUCCUUCCCCUCGCCCUCUGUAGCCACCAGCUACGCUUCCAUCGCCUCCUCCACCUUCCAGAGCCAGGCGGCGGCCACCCCUUUUUCCUCCUCCGGGGUCAUCUCCAGCCCCUUCCCUUCCCAAGUGACUUCAGCACUUUCCGACAUGGCGGCCACUUUCUCCCCGCGGACAAUUGAGAUCUGUUGAGAGGAGAAAGCCGGAGCGCCCCAUGAACACUGUCCGUCAGGCGUGGGGGGGGGGCGCGCGGGGGAGGACGAGACCUGGGGAAAUCUUCCCUGUAGGCCUCGAUUCGCAGUCGGGAAAGGCAGGGAGAGGACCCUCGCUAGCCAUCUCCCACCGUCCCAGCUCUCCAGCGCCCUUCGGACCUUUCUUUCAACUUCAACUGCCUGAAAACCGCAACAACCCAUAGGAACUCCAGGAGACCGGAGUUGCUCCACUUCUGUCCGAGAACGUUGAAUCUGCAUGGACGAAUAGAUGUUUCCUUUCAUUAUAAGGUCCCUCCCAAAGCCUCGACUCAUUAGGGAGCAAGGGACUUUGGACUCCAUGCAUAGACAAUGUAAUAUUGUGUAUGUGCCAUGGCUUUGCUUUCCUUCUGGGUGAGAAAAAACAAAAACGGCGACAAACAGAGACCUCUUUGCAUAUUCAUAUUGCAUUAUUUGGAGUACGAAGGGCCAUCUUCAUCUCUUUUGUUUUGUAAAUGGUAAUUUUUGCUCUUUUAGUGAUGACGAAGAUGUUAUGAGUUUUACAACUUGUUUUGGGGGAGGGGGCGGGAGAGGAAAAAUAAAACAAAGCAGCACUUAACUAUGUAUUAUUUGAGCAUGUCAAAAGAGUGUGAUGUUCUUUGUACAUAUCACCUUGAGGAUGAAACACUCUCACGUGGCAAAAAGUUUUCGUUUGGUUCUUGAUUAGUUUUUGUUUUUUCCUUCUUCGAAGUCCCAAGUCUUGGUGCCUUGUUGUGAAGCCCUGCUGACGUUAUGCGUUCGUGUGACUGGAUGCUUUGCAUCUCGCCUUAAGGGGAAAGGGAAAGUGUGGAGGAAGGGGCCCCAGGCUCGGAAACCGAAAAGGGAAAGUUGUUGGGAGAUGGAAUUCAAACAGAAGCAAAAACAAACAAACAAACAACCCGAACUUCUCAAAAAGUCUAUUUUUGUUACAGAAGUGUAAAAAUUUAUAAAUAUAUUCAGCAGUUGGAAUGUUGUAGUUACCUACUGAGUAGGCAGCAAUUUUUUUGUAUGUUAUGAACAUGCGGUUCAUUAUUUUUGUGGUUUUAUUUUUUGACUUUGUACUUGUGUUUGUUUAAACAAAAGUGACUGUUUGGCUUAUAAACACAUUGAAUGCGCUUUACUGCCAGUGGGAUAUUUGGUGUACAAUAGCCUCUGGAAAAGUCAAUAAAAUACGGAGAGACCAGUA